GUGUCGUUUGUUUGUUGUUUAAAUCUUUUAUAACUUUUUAUAUUGUGACUCUAACUGUAUUUAUGUUUUCACUAUGAGACCAUGUUGCGUUCACGUGUCGUCAAACUGACGCUUAGUGGAAAAUAACCGUUUGUUGUGGAAACUGCUCAGACUUUAAUUUGAGAUCCCCCACAUGUUCCACAAAAUGGAGCGGUCUGGUCUCUCCCUCCUCCGCCACAUCCUCUCCUCCUCCUCCACCUCCUCCACCAGGACGUGCUGCCUCCACCAGAGGGUCCUCACAGCCUCCCUCCCCUGUCCCCGCAGCCCCAUCUCGGUUCACAGCGGCCAGCACCGCAGGCGUGCGAGCACGGCCCUCAGCCAGCACAUACAGGACCUGAGCGGCCCCGAGCAGAGACUGCUGACCAAACUAUAUGAGGGACUGAUCGGAGGACAGCGGGCGUCUCUGGCCGAGUCCAUCACUCUAGUGGAGACGCGGCAUCCCAGGAAGAGAGAGCUGGCGCAGGUGCUGCUGCAGAGGGUGCUGGCCUACAGGACGCAGCAGGAGGCUGGAAAUGGAGGGAAGCCCGUGGCCUUCAGAGUAGGUCUGUCGGGUCCUCCUGGAGCAGGGAAGUCGUCCUUCAUCGAGGUGGUGGGGAAGAUGUUGACAGAACGUGGACAUAAAGUAUCAGUGCUGGCAGUGGACCCGUCCUCCUGCACUACAGGAGGCUCUCUGAUGGGUGACAAGACUCGUAUGACUGAACUGUCCAGAGACAUGAACGCCUUCAUCAGGCCGUCACCGACCUCUGGAACACUGGGUGGAGUCACCAGAACAACCAACGAGGCCAUCGUUCUGUGUGAGGGCGCAGGAUAUGACAUCGUCCUGGUGGAGACAGUAGGUGUGGGCCAGUCCGAGUUUGCAGUGGCCGACAUGGUCGACAUGUUUGUGCUGCUGAUUCCACCAGCAGGGGGCGACGAACUCCAGGGCAUCAAGAGGGGAAUCAUCGAGAGGGCCGACUUGGUGGUGGUGACGAAGUCGGAUGGAGACCUGGUGGUGCCGGCCAGGAGGAUCCAGACUGAAUACACCAGCGCUCUCAAGCUGCUCAGGAGGCAGUCCAGAUCCUGGAACCCAAAGGUGGUGCCCGCCUCCUCUUACACCGGUGAGGGCAUCCCGGAGCUGUGGGCCACGAUAGAGUCGUACAGGGACACCAUGUUAGCCGGCGGUGAGCUGCAGGGCCGAAGGAAGGCCCAGCAGAAGGUUUGGAUGUGGAGUCUGAUCCAGGAGAACGUCCUCUGCCAUUUCCGAAAUCACCCCAGUGUCGGGGAGGCUCUGCCCCACCUGGAGAGGGAGGUCACCAAAGGAGCCAUCUCUCCAGGCCUGGCUGCUGACCUGCUCCUGAAAGCCUUCUCCUCCUCUUCAUCUUCAUCGUAAACACUGGGACUGGAUGGACGUCAUGGUUCAUCAAGGUCACACAGUGCCAAAAAGAAACCACCAGGACAGAAUAAGGAUAUGUGACCUUGACCCUGUGGUUUGCUCUUCUUACACUUCAUUUUAAAUGUAAAAUACCUGAGGCAGAAGUCACCUGUUCCACAGACUCGGUUUCAGCUCGCCUUAAUCCAAAUCAGCAGAGGCCGGGCUGAGCAGACACUUUUCAUGCCUCACCUCCAGCUUCAAGACUUUUGGGGAUCGGAGAGAAACAUAAAAAAUUGCAUAUGUGAGAGACAAUUUAAAGAAGAUACUCCGACUGUCUUCUUGGACAAGAACACUACAACCUUCAAGAAGAGGUUAAAUAAAGAACUCAAUAAGUACAAACAUAUGGAGGAUUGUAGAGGAAAACAAUGCACAAUACUGAUCACUUGUAAGAACAGUGUCUUUAGAGGGAGGAGAUGUGUCGUGAGAGAAUGAUCUGUGAUAAGUAAUUGACACACUUGCCCACAGAUUGAUUAUUAUUAAAAGAAACGUGUUUAUGAGAGGACACAGUUCAGAACAGUGGGAUUUGUACAAUCACUUCUGUCUCUUGUUGAAAUGCUGUGGAAACGGUUCUAAUAAUGAAGAUGAGAGUAUUUGAGUGGAAUUAUAUAUUAAAGAGAGUGAUGUGAAUCUUACAUAAGUGAAUAAGAUUGAACCUGAGCUCUGAUUUCUUUCUCCACGUGUUUUUUCUUGAUAUGAAAAAGAAGGGACUGAAUAAUGUCGCUUCUUCGAAUAUUACUCCAGCGAUUUGUCCGAGGUGCAAACACGUUGUCUGAGCUCUGGAGCAGGAAUGUCGGUGCUUGGUUUCCCUGAAUGAAUCUGCUGCUCGCUCACUUCUAAUUCAGGCAGGACACACUUUCAUAUUUUAGAAUUUCCCUCAUAAAGCACUGCACUGCUCAACUCCACCAGAGGAUAACAGAGAAGUCACAUACUCAUAACUUCACUUCAGCUCCUUUAUUAGUUUUAUACAGACACACUGAUCUUUAUCAGGCUGAAGUGAUGGACCUGGGUAGUAGCAUUGACUUGUAUCAUCUAUUUAACAGGUAUUUUCCACACAAACUUCAACGUAACAAGUUAUUAAUGUCAGGAUCAAUACCUCUGUAAAAAAUAUAUUUCUUCUAAAACCAAUUUUAAACGAGCUAGAUCUGGAUUUUGAUUUUGAUUUGCUCCAAAUUGUCCAAACUCAGAUAGACAUGCCUGAUUUAUUUUCUUUUCAUCCAUGAAAUUUCUGAGAAAUCACAGAAAAUGUUGAAAAACUCUAUCUUGCAAUGGAAGAUCUGCCUCCUUAUCUUGAUCUGCAAUAAAAGUUAAUGAGCUCU